AUGCCUCGCGCCAAACAUCCCACCGCCGCCCCCGCCGCCGCCGCUCCCGCUCCCCCUCCUGCGCACGAGGAAGCCGAAGCCGAAGCCGAAGACGCCACCAACUCUGGCUACGCCAGCACGUCGAGCUGUGGCGGCGGCAGCAGCUACGACAUCACAACGCACGCGUUCGCGCUGCCCAGCGGGGCGAGCUGGGGCGAUGCAAGUUGGGUGCGGAUCCGGCACGAUGACUUUCCGUUCUGGGACGAGGCGACGGGCGAGCCGCUGGCAAGGAAUCAGCAGAACUUUCCGAAUACCAUCUGGGUCGACGCUAACGAGGAGGAGCGCGAGGAGGCGGAGUGGGCGGAGUGGGCGGAGAGGACGGAGUGGGUGAGGGAGAGGGAUAGGGAGAGGGAGUGGGUCAAGGAGAGGGAGAAGGACGGUAAAAAGGGAAAGGGGAAGGGGAGGGGGAGGGGGCCCGGCGAGGGCGAUGAUGAGGAUGAGGGUGAGGUGGUGGGCUUGGAUGAGGGCAUGGGCGAGGGCGAGGACGAGGAGGGGGAGGACGUCGAGAAGAACGAUACAACCGCCCCGCCGCCGAAGAAACGAGCCAGGAUCAAGAAAGAACCAGUCCAGAAGAAGAGCGCACCGAAGCCCAAGCCGGCGCUCAAAUCAAAGCCGGUACCGAGGCCCAAGCCGCCGCCGAAAUCAAAACCGGCGCCCAAGUCCAAGCCCAGCAUUGCCGACAGUACGCCGAGGUCUGUUAUUGCGAAGGGGAAAAGGGUGGCCGCCAAACCCAAGGCGGGAGAACCGGCGAAGGUGGCAACUUCGCAGUCGGUGGGUUAG